AAAAACCUUCCCAAGCAGCCACAGUGCCACAGCUGCGCCCCGAUAUUAGCCGCCCAUCAUCCAUAUACAUGGAUUCCCAGGCGCGCUCGCCCAGUGCCGAGGGCACGCGCCCGCGUCGCGAGUCUCAUUCGCUCUCCGGAGCCUCGUCGCCCUCUGCGAAUCGCAAGGCUCGUACCGCAGACCCAGGAACCAGCAUCGGAGAUGUCGAGAGGGCCAGCCUCUCCAUGCCCCCGCCUACGACUAGGCCGAGUCCCUACCAACCUCCGGACCGCAGGCCGUCCAAGGCAUCCGAAACGAGUUCUUUGGCCGCCUCUGGCGUCCUCGACUAUCCCGAGGUGCACCACCUGCAGUCCACCUCUGCCAUAGACGAUGCGGCCGAGAGUACAACGACCGAGAGCGUCCGCGGAAACGCAGACAAGGAAUCGAAUAGGAUGUCGUUCUCUUCACUUUAUUCCUUGGGUUCGCAAAUCUAUAAUAGUGCUCGGGUUUCAGCGACAAGUGGGCCCAGUUCUCUCACCGGGUCUGAACCAGAUAUCCGAUCGAUGGAUCACUCUGCUCCACCUGGUAUGACCACCACCGCAACUUCGUCAAUCUCAGUCACGACUUCCAGUCAACAUAACCAAGGCCCUACAACUUCACAACUGCUGUCGCCAAAAGAGCUAACUAACCCAGGCUCUCCCACUACAGCAGGUUUUGGCACGACGACGCCUCAAACUAGGCAAUCCCGGAGUCGGACGACAAACCAGAGACGAAUCAGCCACCACGGCACUGUAAGCAGCGGAAGCCCAGCGAGCGAGAGGAGCAUGGUCGGUACGAGAGGAGACGCGGAGCCCAAGAAAGCCCCCAUCGGUAUCAUCGGCGUGUGCGCCCUUGAUACAAAGGCGCGAAGCAAGCCGAGCAGAAAUAUCCUCAACCGUCUUAUCGCCAACCAGGAAUUUGAGGUUAUCAUCUUCGGAGACAAAGUUAUCCUAGACGAAGAGGUUGAGAACUGGCCGGUUUGCGAUUUUCUCAUCUCGUUUUUCUCCGACGGAUUCCCCUUGGAGAAAGCCAUAGCUUAUGCUCGCUUGCGGAAGCCUUUCUGCGUCAAUGACCUUCCCAUGCAAAUGGUCCUUUGGGACCGCCGCAUCUGCCUCCGGAUUCUGGACAAGCUGAACGUGCCUACCCCAAAGAGGGUUGAAGUUAACCGCGACGGCGGUCCUACUCUCCCUUCUGUUGAUCUUGCUCAGUUGAUGUAUGAAAAGACUGGUGUUAAGCUGGAAGGCCGAGAAGACGGCACCGGUGGUGGCGUUACUCCGCCCGAGAAAAUAGAAAUACUCGAUGACGGCGAUACCAUCUGUGUGGACGGCGUCAAGCUCACAAAGCCUUUCGUGGAAAAGCCCGUAAGCGGAGAAGACCAUAACAUUCAUAUCUAUUUCCCCAACUCUAGUGGCGGUGGCGGCCGUAGACUUUUCAGAAAGAUCAACAACAAAAGCUCCGAGCAUGAUGAGACCUUGGACGUUCCAAGGAGCAUCACAGAACCCGAGAGCAGCUACAUCUACGAGCAAUUUUUGCGGGUUGACAAUGCUGAAGACGUCAAGGCCUACACUGUUGGCCCGGAUUUCUGUCAUGCAGAGACCCGGAAAUCUCCAGUCGUUGAUGGUGUUGUCAAGCGUAACCCGAACGGUAAAGAGAUCAGAUACGUCACGGGUCUGAGCAAAGAGGAGUCCGCCAUGGCAGCUAGGAUUGCCGAAGGUUUCGGACAGCGCGUGUGCGGAUUUGACCUCCUCCGCACGGGCGACAAAAGCUAUGUUAUUGAUGUCAACGGAUGGAGCUUUGUCAAGGACAAUAACGAUUACUACGACAAGUGUGCUACCAUUCUCAAGCAGAUGUUCAUCCGGGAGAAACAGCGUCAUGACGGAACUCAACAGACUCAACAGCCCCAACAGGCCUCUGGAGAGCUCAAUGAGCAAGGACUUCCGGAUAGGUCCUCUAACCGUAAAAGCACCCUUUCCGCCCACAGGUCCGGGCUAAAGUCAAUUUUGAAGUCGCCUAGUAUGUCAAGGAUAGCAAACCAUAUGCAUCACGGACAGUCCCCUCAUCGCAGCCUUCACGGUACUAACUCACCAGAUCUUUCGACCCACACGACCCCCAUAACCUCGCCGCCCAACAUGGACCAGGGCACCCACUCGCCUGCUCCCAGUGCGCCCGACCCGCUUCCACCGCCCGCCGUCCCGGAUCCUGCAAUCCCUGUCAAACCUACCGCCGAUGAACAAAGCCCAGCAGCUGUCCCACCUCCAGCAUCUAAGGCUCAAUGGAAACUGAAGGGGAUGGUUUCCGUUAUUCGUCAUGCAGACAGGACUCCAAAGCAGAAGAUAAAGUACAGCUUCCAUACUAAACCCUUCGUUGACCUCCUGAAAGGACAUCAAGAAGAGGUUCUUCUCAUCGGAGAACCUGCUCUUCAAAGUGUUGCCGACGCCGUUGACAAGGCCAUGGAAGAAGGCGAGGAAGAUCCUGAUAAGCUCAUGAGCUUGAGGAAUGCGCUGAACAAACGUGCUGGAUGGCCAGGGACCAAAAUCCAAAUUAAGCCGAUGUUCCGCAAACGGACUAAAGACGAGCUCCCUCCCGAUUUUUUGGUUGAUCUUCCUUCCGAGAACGAAGCUGAGAAGCAUCCUGACGGACUUCCGAGUGAAGACGAAGCGCCCAAAGACCCGGUCAGAUUAAAGGAAUGGAGAGAAAAGAGGAGCAACUCUCUUAAUGGAAUGACGCUCUCACGCAUCGCCGCGGCAGAGAAGAACCUGAUCCUUGACAAGCUUCAACUUAUUAUCAAGUGGGGCGGUGAGCCUACGCACUCCGCUCGUUAUCAGGCACGAGACUUGGGAGAAAACCUGAGGAACGAUAUGCUUCUGAUGAACCGACACGCUUUGGACGACGUCCACGUCUUUAGCAGUUCUGAGCGUCGGUCGACGACCAGUGCACAAAUAUUCGCGACUACUUUCUUGAACCAAGAACUGCCACCAGACUUCAUAAGCGUCCGCAAGGAUCUGCUUGACGAUUCAAACGCUGCCAAAGAUGAGAUGGACAGGGUCAAGAAGAAGCUGAAGAUUCUCUUGCGCCAAGGAAACAAGGCUCCUCCGCAAUUUGCAUGGCCUGACAAUAUGCCAGAGCCUUUCAUAGUUGUGCGCAAGGUUGUGGAGCUGAUGAAGUUCCACCGUAAGGUUAUGCGCCACAACUUUACCAAGUUGAAGUCUGGCGCAGCCUCUUCGUUGAUCAAUGCCGCCAAAGCUGGUACGGAAGGUACAUCCAACGGAAAUGGCUCACUUCCUCAGCCUCAGGUAAUCGACUCAAUCCAGUCCCGCUGGUGCAGUGGUGAAGAUCCCGAGCUUUUCAGAGAGCGAUGGGAGAAGCUUUUCAAGGAAUUUUGCGAUGAAGAAAAAGUCGAUCCCAGCAAGAUUUCUGAACUCUACGACACCAUGAAGUUCGAUGCACUUCAUAACCGUCAGUUCCUGGAAUGGUUGUUCACGCCCGAUGACAGCCUGCUAGAGGAAGAGAUGUUUGAGGAGAGUUUCGCCAAAGAGUCUGCACCGGGCAGUGCCUCCACGACUCAACCUCCUACCCCGUCCGAGUCGAAGCAUGAAUCGAAUGGCAGUAUUUCGCAUCGCAUGAGCUUCAGAAGAAAAUCGGAAGCCGUUCCAAUGGCACUCAAAGCGAAGGAGGUGGCUCAGCAGUCAUACUUCAAUCUUUUUGAAGGUGUUAGUACUGGCGCUGGACCUUCAAAGGCCAAAACCGAUGCUCGUCUUGGAAAACUUCGUGAGCUUUACAAGCUGUGCAAGGUUCUCUUCGACUACAUCGGCCCGCAAGAAUAUGGUAUCACUGAUGCGGAGAAGUUGGAGAUCGGGUUGUUGACAUCUCUGCCAUUGCUGAAGGAGAUUGUCCAAGAUUUGGAAGAAAUGCAGGCCUCGGACGAUGCGAAGGCCUUCUUCUACUUCACCAAGGAGUCCCAUAUAUACACCCUACUCAACUGCAUCCUCGAAGGUGGCAUUCAGACUAAGAUCAAGCGCAACGCUAUUCCGGAACUGGACUAUCUCUCUCAAAUCUGCUUCGAGUUGUUCGAGUCGCAGAACGCUACCUCGGAAGACGAGCCUGAAUCUUUCAACUACAGCAUCCGCAUCAGUCUUUCUCCGGGUUGUCACACUUUUGAUCCGCUUGAUGUCCAACUCGACUCCAAACACUGUAUCGGUAUCGCACAGCGCCGCUCACUUACAUCGCAUCACGACUGGAUGACGGUCAUUAAAACUCUACGGGCAAAAUUCCACACUGUAAAACUUCCCAAAUCAUUCAUCGCCAUCAACCUUUCCGAGAAGGUUCCGCAAGCUUUUGGCAACCCCAUCCCGAUUGAAGAAGAAAGCAAAGACUCCGACAACACUGACGCACAGCCAAUGGAGGACUAAACGGCACGUAACAUUCUUUUUACGUACAUGCAUAAGGCAGCUUGGGCUAGCCGUGUUGGGUAUCGCAGGAUCAUAAACACAUCGUUAUUUCAAGUGUAUGCGGCAAAGCAAUGACAUGCAUUCACUACAAACGAC